CUCCGUCUAUCUACCAUCCUCUUUAGGAAAACCUUUGGGCUCAAUUCAAUCUCUAUUCUCGGUUAUUCCUUUCAAUUCCACCACUCAUUUCACCACAUUGAUUAGGUUAGGGGCUGAGGAUCGACCUUCGUCCGCGGGAAGAUUAUCGCCGACACUACUCACCUCCUUCUUCCCCUUUCAUUUUCUUCCUAUUGUUUUCAUCGCGUGGCAGGGGUUCCGGGUUCUCUUCCGCUGCACAACACCGUACCCUUUUCCUGGUAGGCUUCUAUCCCUUACAAUAUGUUUGUUGUAUGUAUUUAUUCACCCAUUUUUGCUAACUAACAAAAUAUUGUUCAAACAAAAGUAUGUGCUUACAUCAAGUGUUGUGCUCUUGGAGUUAGUGGAGAAAUGUAUGUUCGAACAAUAUCAAAAAAUUAUUGCUUGAUCAAACAGCCUCUUGAUGGAAGCUUCUGCUUCGCUCAACUACACCUUCAGAAUAUGUUGAAGAUGUGGACCUCUUGGUUAGGAGGGCAGAAAGAUGCUUAGAAGCUGGGGCAAAUAUGAUAAUGAAGACGCA